UGCGGCUGCCGCCUCGCUCAGUUUUUGAAUUACGUUUUUUUGGCCUGGCCCACUGGAAACAAAUCGAAAACAAAAGCCCCCAAUGCGCCCCAUUAAACAAAUUUCGCUUAAUUAGAGCGUUGUGUAAAGGUGUAACACAUCAUUGUUUUGUCGAAAUCCGCCUACCGCAACACUCAGCCCAAAAAGCCAUUUAUUUGUGUUAGUUUUAAUCGAAUUAUUUACGUAAAUUACCGACGUGUUUUGUAAAAAUAUUUGCCAAAUCUUCCCCAAAAGUGCAGUGAUUGUGUUUGUGCUCGAAAUCGUUGGUAGAACGGUAACAGGUAAAACAACAUCAACAAACCAGCGAACGAUGUCGGUGAAUAUAACCAUUAAAACGAAGUUAAAGUCGCUCCCGCGCUGCAUACAAAUGGUGCUGUAAAUAAGCAAAUAAACAUUUGCAGCUGUUAAUGAUACGACGGGAAAGGCUUCCAAGAAGUGGAGGACUCUCUCCCUCGGCAAGGACUAACUGAAAGUAAAUUGAAAUUGCAACACGUUCUCGGGUCCGGGCCAGUGCACAUCCAUUUAUUGAGGAGCAGCCGGAUUUUGCAUGCUGGCCGGGCAGAUAGCCCCGGCGUGAGCACACACAUCGGGCGGGAAAGGAAAGCGAUAUAUUCUACGGACACAUCGUGUGCAUAUAUCUCGGCCAAAUGUAUGCCGGUCGGGCCACACAAUUUGCCAAAACCAUCAGCAGCAUGGCGUGCAGCAUACAGAAGCAGUCUCCUCAGGCUCCGCAAUCGGUGGAUCCCGGCACUGUCAUGGGCGCAGAGCCACUGGGUCGAGGAGGAGGAUGUGGUGGUGGUGGACCCAGUGGAGCCGGCACCGUUCCUUCCACGCCGAAAGCCACCAAGACCGCCCAGCCGAGGGGCUCUCUGCCAACGGAUGUCAACCAGCCACCGCUGGAAUUCCAAUGGCCACCGCCCGUUCCCGUUUCGAUACACACCAGCAACUUGCGCCUGAACAUGAUGAACCAGGAUCCCAAGGACCUCCACACGGCCAGGGCCAUCAUCGAGGAGCUGCGCUCCAAGGUGCGAUUCCAGACGGAGCACAUCAUGAAGUGGCGCAAGGCGUAUGCCAUGCAGGUGCAGCAGCACUACCGAUAUCAAAAGGAGAAGUCGGACCAGAUGAACUCGCUCACCUCGCAGCUGCUGCUGCUGGAAUCCCGACUGAAGCGGAAGCAGAAGCAGAUCGCCAGUCUGUUGAACCACCGGGAACUGACUAUCCAGCGGCAGCAGAAGAUCAUCGACACGUUGUCCUCGCGUCUGGUGGAUCACGGCCUGGAGACCAUUGAGGCUAGCUACGCCAACGAACUGGACUCGCUGAACGACUCCGAUUCGGCGGUGGUCCUGGAGGACAUCGAUUCGGACAGCCCGAUGACCUUAGGCACGCGGAGGAAGAGCAGUGGCACUGGAGGAUUGGGUGGCGGAGUGCUGGGCAGCGAUGGCAUCACCAUAGUGCGCUCCAUAUCCGAUGCGAUCGAAACGAAUCACAACAAGUACGGAGCAGCCAGGCGGAACAACUGCUUCCUGCGGCGUCCGGACAUCCUGGAAACGGUCUACUCCGUCGAGGAGGAUCCCGAACCCACCACGGACGUGGCCGAGAAGCGGGACAAGUUCAAGAACCGCUCGGACAAGGCACUCAGCUCCAGCUCCACCGAGGGUCAGAUAGACGCCGCCAGUCCCUCGGUCGCCGACAAAGCCAAAGAGUCAUCGCCCGUCGACGGCGGACCCACCAUUCCACGUCGCCAGCUGGGAGCCCUCAAGAGAUCGCCCAGCCACGACUCACCCUGCACCACGCUCAGUGUGAAGGUGCCCCAGCUCCAGCCACCAUCUCCUCCGCCGCCGUCGACAUCUGGACCGCAGGAACCGCUCAACGGAAAGAACCAGGUAACCAACUACAAUCGGGUUAUGCUGAACCACCGGUCGGUGACGAAACCGAAGGACGUGAAGUACAAGCGCAUCAACAAGGCGAAGUCGAAGAGUCUGGAGGAGUUGCGGGGGCGACUCAAGAACCUGGUGGAGCGUCCGCCGGGUCUGGAUGGCGGAUAUUCCGGAGGCAUGAUGCCGCAGACGGCGCAGUCGUAUGCGUGACAGUUGCAGCGACCGGACGAGGGCGACUCCCAGAAGAGGUCAGCGGCGGAGGAGAAGGAUGCGGAGGUGAAAGGUCAUCCGGAGGC